CGCGCUACCUCUGCUCCUGCAGUCAGUCAGUCUCACCACCACGCGCAGAUUACUAUCACUACAUAUAUAUGCCAGUCAACAACGUUCCAGUCGUCCCUUUCCUUUCACUCUGACGCGAAGUCUUCGGUUUCGUUUAAACACGUCGCUUAUACUGCCUCUUGCCGUGUUUUAUUCAACCGAGGAGCUUUUUCCUGAUCUUUAUAAUCAGCUUUGGGUAAGAAAAGCGCGUUUGUUGUGCGUGUAAAGGCAGCCCAGUUUCUCAGAAAUGGCGACAGCUGCGGUAUCUGCCCCUGCUGGCGGCGGCCCGAACCCCGGAUCCGGUGCCGAGUUGGUCCGCGGUCAGGCUUUCGAUGUCGGGCCGCGUUACAGCAACCUCUCGUACAUCGGAGAAGGUGCAUACGGCAUGGUUUGCUCAGCGUAUGAUCGUGAUAAUAAAGUGCGUGUGGCGAUAAAGAAGAUCAGUCCGUUUGAGCACCAGACGUACUGUCAGCGCACACUCCGUGAGAUUAAAAUCCUGCUCCGCUUCAAGCACGAGAACAUCAUCAGCAUCAAUGACAUCAUCCGCACACCCACCAUCGACCAGAUGAAAGACGUCUACAUUGUACAGGAUCUGAUGGAGACAGACUUAUACAAGCUGUUGAAGACGCAGCACUUGAGCAAUGACCACAUCUGUUACUUCCUGUACCAGAUCUUGCGUGGCCUGAAGUACAUCCACUCGGCAAACGUUCUCCACCGAGACCUGAAGCCAUCUAACCUUUUGCUCAACACUACUUGUGACCUCAAGAUCUGUGAUUUUGGGCUCGCCCGGGUGGCCGAUCCAGACCAUGACCACACCGGCUUCCUGACGGAGUACGUAGCUACACGUUGGUACCGCGCACCAGAGAUUAUGCUCAAUUCUAAGGGUUACACUAAGUCCAUUGAUAUAUGGUCGGUUGGUUGUAUUCUGGCUGAGAUGCUUUCGAAUAGACCCAUCUUCCCUGGGAAACACUAUCUGGACCAGCUUAACCACAUCUUAGGUAUUUUGGGCUCCCCGACUCAGGAGGACCUCAACUGCAUCAUCAACAUUAAGGCGAGGAAUUACUUGCUGUCACUUCCUCUCCGCUGCAAAGUGCCCUGGAACCGCCUGUUUCCUAACGCAGAUCCUAAAGCGUUGGACCUGUUGGAUAAGAUGUUGACCUUUAACCCUCAUAAGAGGAUUGAGGUAGAGGAGGCACUUGCUCACCCGUACCUGGAACAGUACUAUGACCCCUCAGAUGAGCCUGUUGCCGAGGCUCCGUUUAAGUUUGAAAUGGAGCUGGAUGACUUGCCCAAAGAGACCCUGAAAGAGCUAAUCUUUCAAGAAACUGCACGCUUUCAACUAGCCUUCAGACCAUAGCCUAUCGCUCAGGUGUUGGUCUGGAUUCGAUCAUGCUGAUGCUUCUGUCUCCACACCACUGUGUGCUGUGGUCCUCUUUUGGUCUUCAUCACCACCAUCAUCAUCAUCAUCGUUAUCUCCUCCUUUUCCUAAACCCUAAAACUACAGGCAGCCUUCAAAGUUCAUCUGACCCCAUUUGAAAACAUGGACUCCUGCGCCCUCCUGCUUUCUUCAAAUCUCAUUACAAUGGAAGAAAUGUGUAGAGCUUCUCUCACACUCUUCCUCUGCAUCUCAUCCUUCUCUCUUCUUGCUUAUCUGUGUGAAAGUGUGCCUGCAUGUGUUUAUGGACCCAUCUCGAUUAACCCUUUUUCUCUCGGUCCUCUGAUACAUAAAAAGAAACGUCUAUGAUUGUGUUAGUGUCGUGCUUCUUUUUAGCCUCCUGUUAAUAUUUCCAACAAGCUGCUUUUCUAAGGUGUCUGUAAGCCAUUUUGAAGUCCCACAGAGGUCAAACUGGGAGAGAACGAGGGCUCAGAUCUCCUCUAUUAUUAUUAUUAUUAUUAUUAUUAUUAUUAUUAUUAUUAUAUAUAUGCAGUGGACAAGCAUUUAUCCACAUUGUGCAUCGCCAAUCUCCUCAAAGUGCACAGAGCUCUCAAUUUGCCACGGUGUCUUUUUAGGGCUUUAAUAUAUUUUCAUAAAUGCAAAUAUGUAUUUACGUACUAAUAACCCCUUAAAAUUGCUUAAAUCUU